GGUCAACAAGUCUAGAACUGAAUUUAUGGCGCAGGCUUUGGCAUGUUUAAAGGGUUGCACACCUUUUUAAAACACAUUCCAAAGAAGAACACAGAAGUGCAAACAGAAGGACAACCAAACACACACUGACUAAAUCUAGUCUCGCAGAUCUGGAAGAGAUGGCAGAGGAAGAUUUCAUGCCUCUAUCUGAGGAAGCCAGUUCCUUCUGCCUGGCUUUAGAGGCUCGUUCAGGGACACAAGUAACACAGCCCUUCCCACGCUCUCCAAAAUUGAUCAGAAAAACAGCUGGCUCUCCAAAACCCUCAGAGGGGCAUCUGCCAGUCUGGUUGGAAGAGUUGAAGAAAGAGAAACAAAGAGCAGAGGCUCAUCUGGAAUCCAUUAAAAAGCGCAAAGCAAACCUGAAUACGAGUUCAGAGGCAAUGAAGCAGCAGGUACAGGAGUGUUUUGAGGGGCUACAUAUGGCUCUGCAGGAGGAUGAGAAGGCUGUUUUGGACACGAUAGAGCAAGACCGCAGGGAGACCAGCAGUAAACUAAACCGAAUUCUUCAAGACUGGAAUCAACACCUCAGUCUCCUGCAGAAAUACAUCAGCACAAUGCAAUCAGCGCAACAGAGCCAAGCAGAGAUCCUAAAGCAGCUUCCUGAAGAUUUUACGAUGGCAAGCUGUCGUAAGAAGCUGGACCCAGCAGAAGAGGGGAUAAAAAUGAAUGAGGAGAGGAUCCAGAAGCUCAUGAAGACUCUUAGGAACAUCUCAAAAGAUCUGAAAGCCCAGCUACAGCGAAAGAGCCUACUGCUGGUCUCUUCUAAUGUGGUGAUUGACAAACUGACCUGUCACAAACAGAUCAAGGUGACCUCAGAAGGUCGAACCAUGUACCUCUCUGCACAGGACCGCUCCGUUCCCAAUGACCCUCUAAGGUUUGAUCAGUUGUACUGUGCCUUAGGCUCUGUUGCCAUAAAGUCUGGGCAGCACUACUGGGAGGUGGAUGUGCACUGCUGCCCAGCAUGGGCUGUGGGUGUGGCUUAUGGUAGCCUACAGAGAAGAGGACGGGACAAAGAAGCCAAACUUGGACGGAACAGGUGCUCUUGGAGCCUUGAGUUUAAGGAUGGGCACCUCAUGGCCUGGCAUAACGAUCGACAUGUGGCACUACCUGUCACAGCAGCUCGGGCGGCACCAGACAGGCUGGGAGUAUUUGUAAACUAUCAGAAGGGUCGUGUGAUAUUUUAUGAUGCCGAGACUAUGAGAAUGCUUCAAGAGUUCUCAGCCGCGCAAACAGCUGUGUUUGACAGAGCUCAUCAUCAGUUUACUGAGCCUCUCUACCCAGCCUUCCGCUUCUAUUUGCUCAAAGACCGAAACACAGAUCAUUAUCAUAUGGAGAUAUGUGACCUCGGCCUUUAAAUACAUAUUCUUUGAGCAUCAAUGAUAAGUGCAACCAUUUAAUGUGGGUUGUAACAAUAAAAAGUGAGGCCAUCCUAAAGGGACUGUCUACCACUUUAAACCUUAUGCUAAAUGCGGUAAAAAGAGUGUAAAGUGAGCAUAAUAAAGAAUCUCAAAAAGAGUGGAAUGUCCCUUUAAUGGGAUUCAAUUC